UGUUGCAUGAGGAUAACAUUUCUUUGGGAUGAAUUGAUGUGAUGCACUGACGACGGAUUUUCAUUUCAGUGAAGAAUGACUGAAUUCUGGACAGUUUCUACGACAUGGCCACAACUUUCGGACACCAAAUUGAGCCCUGGGAUAAAGAGAGAUGACAGAGACUUCUCCAUGUCGUCUACAUGUUACCGCAGUGACUGUGCAUAUCCAUUGAUUCAGCAUUUGUGGACUGGACCUGCACAUUGUUCAGGAGCAAAUUUGGUCUAUUCUUGCUAAUAGAACUUCUCUUCAGCUCAGCCUUUCUCCAAUGAUAACUGGUGUUUAUUUUGUCAGGCUAAAGUUACCAGGGGACAGACAGCCAACCUGAUGUUAUCGUGUAAGAUUCCUUGAAAAACAUGAGAAUUAUAGUACUUGUCCUUUGAUGCUAGUAAUCAAAUCCAAACUGAUUUGUAGCAACUCAACCCUGCAUCAUGAUGUUUCUUCUGAUGUACUCCACCUUUAGGAUGAUGCUGGCAUCUACACACCGUAUGUAUUGCUGUGUAUUCUUCCCAAACAGUUCAACCUUUGUUUCAUCAGUCCACACAAUACUUUCACUGGGUUUUCUUUGACAAACCUCACAUAAACACCCAUAGGAUUUUUGAAGAGCAGUGGCUUCCUCACACCUUGCCUGUACGAUGUUCAGCGUCUAUAUUUUUACUUUUUUUGAAGCUAUUAAGGUGCAAAAGCUGUAUAUUUUAAACAUUUACCCUGCCACUUUGAACUUUCAGGGCAAUUGAAAGCAGAGCGGUGAAAAGUUUUCCUAGUUUUGUGCAUUCUGCAGCAGAUUAGUUUCGCUCUGUUCUUUGCAAUAUUAUAUGAACUUUCCAAAGAACAUUUUAAUUGAUCUAUAUUAUCAAAACAUUUUGGUUGUUAAAAUCUUUUUAAGUCACACCAGCAUGGAGCAUUUCUUUUAAGCUUAAUUUGUAGGUAGAGAAAUGACUUUUUUUUUUAUUAUUGACAUCUAAUAAUCAAAGCUGCCUUUGUAUGCAUUUGUUUAAUAGGUUGCAUUAAAUAUACUGGGAUAGCUAUGGCAAAGCCCCUACAAAUAGUUUCCCCAGGUGCCACUGGGACUGACUAAUCGCAGUAAAAUAAGUAAAGAUAGCAUUCAGUAUGACACUGAUACUGCUUUUUGAGGAUUUUAAUCUUCUCUCAACAUAAGCUUCUGCAAACGAAUGUGCACUGAAAAACACUUUAAUAUUGACUGUACACUAUAAAUGAGGAAAUGACUUUUCAGAUGGAGCAGGAGGGGAAGAGACAGGUUGCCUUCAAAAGGAAAGUCAAUACAGUAGCAGACGUAGAGUUAAACUGUUACUGGAAGUGAAAAUUCAAGAGUUUCCUUUCAACUUAAAGUUUUUACCAAACCCAUUUCCACACAAUCACACAACUCUAGAAAUCUGCUGUGCCAUGCAUGUUCAUGUCCACCGCAGAAGUGGCUUGUCAUAAUUUGGUGAUCCUUCUGGUGCCAUCAUCAGGGCAAAAUUUAAUUUUAUCAUUAAUUAAUGACCAAAUAUUAAAAAGCUAGUGAUAUUAUUAGCCUUAGUUGUACUAAUGCUAAAUAUGGCAAACAAGGUUGUGAAUGUGAAAAAUGUACAUUCCAAACAGCAACAUAUCAAUAUUCAUUUAAUUUAACGUAACGUUUUUUGGGAGGGGCAAACCUACUUUCUACCAGAACUUGCACUCCAGUAAUCAACCAAACAUAAUACCAACAUGUCGACAAGUUGAAGGAUAUCUUUCAAAAUUACAGCUUCUGUAGUGUUAAGUUUGCUUUGUUUUCGUUCAGACUUGCUGUGGAAAAACAACAUACAGCAAUAUUCACUUUAUGACAAUAAAACAGCAUUCCUGUUGUAAAAUAUUUUCCUCAAAUCUAUCUAAUUACACUUUCUGCUGACUAAGGAUGUAUUUAAUUCUUAUUUCUUUAAAUUUCCUUAUUUGAAUUAAUAAAUGUUAUGCUUAAUUUGCCUCUUGGAUGCUGAUAAAGUUACUGUACAAGUCAUACUUCCCGUUUAAAAGGCCUGACUUGCAGCAGUAGCUUAGCGAACAGUGUGUGUGCGUGUGUGUGUGUGCGUGUGCGUGUGUGUGUGUGUGUAGUGUAGGAUGAAAUCAUUGAAACUUUUGCUACAGCAAUGCCUUUCAAACCUCGGUGCAAUUCGCUAUGUCUGAAGGUUCGGUGGUUUGUGUUUAUGACAACACUGUAGCUGGAAAUAACUGUAAUCUUAACACCUCAAACUGUGAACAGGAAGUAAUUAGAGAGAAUACAGUGAUGCCAUAUGAGGUGAUGUUUCAAUGGUCUAAGCUAUAGUUCUAUAAGACAGCUGAAAGAUUGUGCACAAUUAGCCAACAACCAUUAAAAUUGUGCUGCUGCAAAUGCAGAAGUUCUUUCAAAGAACCUGAAAUCAAGAUUAUGUCUGACUCCGUAUUUUUGAGUCUGUGGGGGAGUUUUCCUUUUUGUUUUAGACAUGAAUAAGCAACAGAUUUAAUUAAUGGGUAUAGGUUGCAGAAGCAUUAGUCAGUAAUAAAUUUCAUUCCCACUGAUGCACAUUCCAUGAUGCAUUGAAGUGUAGGAUAACUGAUUAGAUUUGCAUUACUUUCCCCUCAAAGUUUCUCACAUCACACAUUCAAGAUGAUCACAAAAAAUCCAAACUUCUUUCAUUAGUGUUGAAGUUGCAUAUAGCUAACUUAGAUAUGUUCGAUAUGAUGUGGUAUUUGUAGAUUUUAGUUCUAAGCAUAGCCAUCUGAGAGAGGAAAUAAUGGGCAGCAGUGUGUAGAGAAACUUCCUGGAAACUUACUGUAGUGCAAAGAGCAGAAGUACUAAAGGAGGAGGAAGAAUAGAAUUGUCAGUUGAAAGUAGAAAUGGUGAGAAGAGGUCAGUGAGGGGAAACAGAGCAGAACAUUCAGACGGAUAAAGGAAGAGUUUGCCCUGUGGAGGAACAGACUGUCUAAAUCAUCAAAUCAAGAUGUUUGUUCUCAUCUGGGCAAUUCUACUCUUGUCUGUGAGUGGACUGACUGCUGGCAAACAGCGACAAGAGAACCCAGACUGUGAUAAUGAUAAGUCCUGUAUCAUGUCGAAUGAAGCAAAAAUAACAGCAGAGAAUGGACUCUGUGUUGUUAUACCCUGUACUACUGAAGCUGAUUUUGAUGUUAAAAGUAUAAUUUGGCACAAAUGCAAUGAAAAACAUAAUAUAAUAAUAUUUAACUCCCACGACGAUGAAACCAUUGAAUCUGGCUAUAAGGGACGGGUGUCACUGCUGCAGUCUGACCUGAGUAAGAAGAACUGCAGCAUCAUCAUCAAUGACCUCACCAAGUCAGACUCUGGAUUGUAUUUUUUAAGAGCUACUGGUAACAAGAAGAAUGACUGCAAAAUCAUUUCCAAAACAACUAUUAAUGUGACAGAUCUGAGUCAAAAGCCCACCAUGGAGAUUCCUGCACUGACAGAGGGACAGCAGGCCACACUGACCUGCACUGCUCCUGGUCUCUGCUCUGGAUCUCGUCCUAAUAUCACCUGGAUGUGGAGAGAAGCAGGAGGGAAGGAAACUUACUUCCCAGGAAACUUCACUUUCACAAUUGGGAAUCUGACUGCUGGGACGAGACACAGCUCAACUCUGAUCUUUACCUCUUCAUCUAAACACCACAACACCAGUAUCACCUGUAAGGUCAGCUUUAAAGGUGGCUCAGCAGAGGAGACAAAAACUCUUAAUGUUACCCUCAAGAGUUCCGUCGCUGAGUCUACAAAAGGUCAAAGCCUCACCACUGUGAAUAGUGUCAGCUGUAAUAGUGUUGGAGAAGCAAACAUAAAAGAUCUAUUUGCAGAAGUAUUAAGCACUGUUCAACAGCUGCAUGGCAUCACUGUGUUUUUGAUUGGGUUUGUUAUGGGGAUGCUUCUUUCCACAAUCAUCGCUUGUCUGGUGAUAAAAUGCCUCAGAAAAAAACAGAGGAGGUCUAGAUUUCUGCCUGAGAACAUGGAGAUGGUCAUUGCUCAAUCUGUUCCAGAUUUGAUGGAUGUUGGUCCAGCAGCAGACUAUGAUGUAAUCCGUGUCCAAGAUGCAGCUGAGGGAGGAGCUGAGUCCUCUGGGCUGUCAGCGCCUGAUGGUGACAUGAGACCAAAAGAGGUGGAGUACUCCAACAUCGAUUUCUCUGUGAUGAAAAGGAGGAAUCCCGCAGGGGCUGAGGAGACACAGGAUACAACAGAGACAGAGUACGCUGAAAUUAAGAAGGAUACAAUGAAGGAGAGACCAGACAACGGUGGAGAGGACGGUGAAGUGUUGGAGGGCAAUGAGGAGGAGAAGGUGGUGAUGAUAGGGGAGGAUGAGGAGGCAAAGCAGGGCAUGCCAGCUGAGGAGGACGGAGGCAAGGAUGUGGUGCUGUAUUCCAAUGCCAAUGAAGUGAUGGAUGAGGUUUGAGGUCUGGUGGGGUCACGUAAGGAUACUUUUUUUUUCUUUUUCUUGCAAUUUGUGAAGCAUACAGUGAGAUAAAAUUAAACUAGAUGUGUGAUGCUUGUGUGGUUUCUUAAGAGAUGACAUAGGGUUUUUUUUGUGUGUGUGCUUGUGUGUAGAUGUAGAAUUCCUUUUAAAGAAAGGAAAGCAUAUAAAUAAAAUGUAAAAAAUAUGCAUAAAUAAAAAUGAGUGGGAGUAAAGGAAAGGAUGCUAGAUGGAUGUGUUAAGUACAAAAACUAAUUUAUAAAAAGCAGGGAAGUGCUAAGAAAAGAUGUUUAAAGCUGUCUUUAAAUGGAAAGGGCUAUCAGCUUGGAUUGAUCUGUUGGGGAUUUGACGUGUAAUUGAUUGUCCUGUAAGUUGUUUUUUGUUGAUUUUUUUUUUAACCACAGCACUGGCAACUUGGCCAGGGAUUAGCAAAACAGUGUUACUCCAUUCGCUCAGCUACUUGUACAAUACCAUGUGCAGAAUCUGCCUUUAGUGUCCAUAUUCAGGAAUAAAUUCACACAACUCUGACUUUACCCAACUGAGCCACCUUGUUUAUAAAUGAACAAAACGCAAACUGUGUGAAUACAUAAUCUUACUGUUUCUCUGUAGUAGGUCUUUGUAUGAACCAAGCUUUUAUGUAUAUUACAGGACCUAUAUGUACUGUAUCAGGAUGAAUUGACAGCUUUUCAUUACUUUUACACAAUGCUUUCAUCAUUAGAAAUACAUGCAGCUGAAGUUUCAUUUUAAAAAAAUUAGAGUGAGAGUGUCUAUACUAUAGGUUUGGUUAAUUCUUGUGAUCAAAUUAUUGUGUGCCUUAUUUUGUCAAUAAAACAUG